GUGGCACAAGACAAAAAAAAAGAAAAGCGCAAAAAAAAAAAAAAACUCGUGCAACAUGGCUGAACCAACUCAGCCGCUUCUUACCGAUUCACACUCACAACCACCGAGAUCCCUCGACGACACGAUCGAGAGAUACAUUGGAAGCUUUGGGUGGGCCCAGUUUCUUCAAGCCACUUUAGUCUCCUUCUCAGGCGUUUUCGACGCUCAACAGACAUUCAUCUCCGUCUUCACAGACUUUGAACCCAAAUGGCACUGCACCGACUCAGACUCGUUCUGUCACGACUCCAUCUCCAACAUCUGCAUCCUCCCUAAAACCUCAUGGUCCUGGGACUUCCCCUCUCACGUCUCCAUCAUCUCCGAGUGGAGUCUCCAAUGCUCAGGCUCUUUCGUCAAAGGCUUACCGGAGAGCUCCUUCUUCGUCGGGUGUUUAAGCGGAGGUUUGAUUCUCUCCACGUUAGCAGAUUCUUCCCUCGGUCGUAAAAACAUGUUGUUUCUGUCUUGUCUCCUCAUGUCGAUAUCUACGAUGUUAACGGCUUUCUCACCGAACAUCUGGGUCUACGCUUUUCUUCGGUUCGUUAACGGGUUUGGUCGGGCCACGAUCGGGACGUGUGCGCUUGUCCUAUCGACGGAGCUUGUCGGGAAGAGAUGGAGAGGACGUGUCGGGAUCAUGAGCUUCUUUGGCUUCAUGCUUGGCUUCUUGUCUCUCCCUGCCAUGGCUUAUAUUAAUAGAGGGAACUCGUGGAGGAUUCUCUACAUCUGGACUUCGGUUCCGACAAUAAUCUACUGUGUUCUUGUUCGGUUCUUUGUCUGUGAAUCUCCGAGGUGGCUGUUCGUUAGAGGUCGUAGAGAAGAAGCUAUUUCGAUUCUCAAAAGAGUUGCUUCGAUUCCUUCGAGUGAUGUAACCAUUAGCUUACCAACUCAGGAGGUAGACGAGAGGCCUAGUGUUAACAUCUACUCGGCUAUGAAGGUGUUGGUGGAAAAGAGAUGGGCGCUAAGGAGAUUAUCCGCGGUUAUGGCGGUUGCGUUUGGGAUCGGUUUGGUCUACUACGGGAUGCCUUUAGCGUUAUCGAAUCUCGAUUUCAACGUUUAUAUGAGUGCAGCGUUUAACGCGUUGAUGGAUUUGCCAGCGAAUCUCAUAACGCUUUUUCUAGUCGAUAAACUCAGCAGGAGAAACGCACUCAUCGGGUUUACAGCCUUAGGUGGCGUCUCGAGCGUUCUCAUAUUCGCAUUACAGAAUAUGAGAAUCGGGAGCCACGGGACGUUACAACUGGUAUUAGAGCUGAUUUCUUAUUUUUCCGCGUGUUCGGCAUUUAACAUUGAGAUGAUAUACACAAUCGAGUUGUUUCCGACAUGCGUGAGGAACUCGGCGAUAGCAAUGACUAGGCAGGCAUUGGUGCUUGGUGGAGUUUUCAGCUCGAUUAUGGUUGCGGCUGGUCGGAAAAAUGGGUUCUGGUCGUUCGGGUUGUUCGGUCUUGCUAUAGGUUUGCUUGGUUUGUUUGCGGCCGGAUUGCCAGAGACUAGAGGGAGUGAUCUAUGCGAUACGAUGGACGAGGAAGAGGGCAAAGAUCGUCAGGGUAACAACGAUAGUGUGGUUGCGUGAUAUGAUGAAGAAUUUUGAAUGUAUGUAAUGUGGAUUUAAUUAUGAUCACAUCAUUGUCGUUUUAUGUAUAAUUUAAUUUUAAGGUUAAUUGAAUAUUUAUGAGUAAUUCG